AUGUGCCACUCCUCCUUCGCUGCCUCGCUGCGCGCUCGCGGACGCCGACGCCGGCAGAGAACGCUCAAGGGCAACCUCCGCUGCAAUAUCUCCAGUUGCUGGCACACGUCUAGCCGGAGGUCCGCCCUCCAGGCCGACUCCUCUACAGUCUGCUCCAGGGCUCAGCAUGCCAUGACGCCGCGCUGCCUUCUGUGCCUCCUCGCCGCCCUGCUUGAGGCGACCACCUCCUCCAGCGCCUUCGGCAGGCUCUCUAGCGCCUCGCCCAUCGUGUGCCAUUCACCGUCCACCCUUGCCGUCGCCCCGCCCGCCCCACGCGAGGCGAGCAGCGACGCCCCCUCCGCCCGCGGCCUGAAUCUGACGCCCGUGUUCCCCAUGCUGGACUCGACCCUGGGCGUCCUCUCCUACCUGGCCUUCGGCGUCUACAUCAUCAUGCUCUUCAUCGACAUCCUUGGGAAGAAGGACCCGCUCAGGAGCGCCGCGCUUCUCCUGAAGAGGUAUCAAGCCCGACAUUUAUUUGGCCAAAUCGUUUUUGAGAGAUCACGUAUUCAGAAGUAA